CACCGCCCAUCACGUCACCCGCCAAACAAACAGGCUCCCGGUAACGAUUCUAGACUGAACUAAACUUUGCCCUGGCGACAACGAUUCCCAACGCCAUCGCUUUUUGUAUCCAUCCAUCGCAGCCGCGAUCCACGAUUAGCCGAUAAUCUCAAGAAGACACAUCAAAUUUACGACCGCUUGCUUUUCUUACACCGGCGUUCCCGAUCGAGGUGAAUUCCCGCCAUGGCCGACGGAGCCGCCAAACCCAGCAGCAGCGUCAAGCUGGUGCUGCUCGGUGAAGCUGCAGUGGGAAAGUCAUCACUUGUGCUGAGGUUUGUCAACAACGACUUUCAAGAGAACAAGGAGCCGACGAUAGGGGCUGCCUUUCUGACCCAAAAAUGCAACCUGCCGGCCCGGACCAUCAAGUUUGAAAUAUGGGACACGGCGGGACAAGAACGUUUCGCCUCGCUGGCGCCCAUGUACUACCGUAACGCACAGGCCGCUCUCGUUGUUUACGACCUAACGAAGCCGACAUCACUGAUCAAAGCCAAGCACUGGGUCGCCGAGCUGCAGCGCCAAGCAUCGCCGGGCAUCGUGAUUGCGCUCGUCGGCAACAAGCUCGACUUGACGAGCGACGGUGGCGAUGCAUCCGGUGGUGGAGAUGACGAUGGUGAUGCCGAAGGUGCGGGCGACGACUCGGGCGACGCCCGCAAGAUACCGACGGAGGAGGCCAAGGCGUACGCCGAGGAGGAAGGGCUGUUGUUCUUCGAGACCAGUGCUAAGACGGGAUUCAACGUCACCGAGGUCUUUACGGCGAUUGCCAACGCAAUCCCGGAGACGUCGCUCAAGAGCGCGAGGGGCGCUGGUGCCGGUGCCGGUGCAGGUCGCAGUGGCGAGCAGCAGAGCGUCAGCCUAAAUGGCCCACGGGAUGUGGAGGGCAAGGAUGGAUGCGCGUGUUGAUUUGGCGGAGUAGUUUUGUCUUUGCUGCAUGUUUUCGGGAAGUUUUGUUCUUUUUUUCCCCCCCUUGGUUUCUAUUCGGAGCAGGGACUCGGCGGUAGAUACACUGGCAGUUUGUGGUUCAAGGUAGCACCGAGCAAGAGAGUGGACAUGGUGAAAGAUAUGGGUUGUUAUGUGCUACGGUAUGUUAUUUUGCAUUCAUUUAGCAGGUUUGUUUUCAAGAGCUCCCGUUCAUUUUUGAGCGGCGGCCUCAGGGGCUCUAAUUCGAUCGGUGUAUUUUCUGCUGUACCGAGUGGUUUGAACAGAUUCAAUAGGCAAUUUCUGAAGGAAAGAAUGGUACAUAUGACGGCCUUGAAGACAACAGCCGGUUGUUGUCAACCAAUCCAAAUGACCCAAGGGAAUCAUAUCAAGGAACAAACAUGUUAGGUAACACUACAUGAAACGGAUCUAGUCUAGAAUAGAACGUACUGCUGACGGCAGGUCUUUCCCACGAUGCCUGCAAGUAAAUUUUGUCGC